GGUAGCCGCAGAAGUUCAGGUGAGUUUACCUGGCUGGUUUACAGACUGUUGUCCGGAAAUGCAAUAAGUUGACUAAGCAGAAGGGGAGGAUAGAGGGGGCACCAGCUGCCCCUCUGUGUGUCCCCCAAAAUAUCGGGUUUCGUGAAACAAAGAAGAAACUGUGUGCAGUGAACCUCUGGACAGGAUGCCGGAAGCACCUCUCACAUUGCCAGUCCUGAUCCGGACAAUACGGAGUGCACGGACCCAGGCGGAGGAGCGGGAGCUGGUCCAACGAGAAAGCGCCAAGAUCCGGGGGGCCUUUCGGGGAGACGAGCCCGACACCCGCGCCUCCAAUUUAGCCAAGUUGCUCUACAUCCAUAUUCUGGGCUAUCCUGCCCAUUUUGGACAGAUGGAGAGUUUGAAGCUAAUGGCUUCCCACCGUUACCACGAAAAGCGGAUCGGCUACCUUGGCGCUGCCCUCCUAUUGGACGAGAAGCAGGACACUCACCUUCUGCUGACCAAUAGUAUCAAGAACGACCUCCUGCACCCCACUGCCUGGGUGCAGGGCUUAGCUCUGAGCACCCUGGGCUCCCUGGGGUCGGUGGCCAUGUUCCGGGAUCUGGCCGGCGAAGUGGAGCAGCUCGCCAGGGUUGGCCAGCCCUCCGUGCGAAGGAAGGCCGUGGUCUGUGCUGUACACGUUGUCCGGAAGGUGCCCGAUCUUAUAGACGUGUUCACUCCACUCGGCGAACAGCUGUUGACUGAACAAAAUACCGGCAUCCUCCACGGGGCAGUCAUGCUGAUCUCAGAGAUGUGCGAACGAAGCCCGCAAGCCCUGGACCGCUUUUGCAAGUUUGUGCCUCAGUUGGUGGGGCUGCUGCGUAACCUGGUGGUUGCCGGCUACACUCCGGAACACAGCAUCUCGGGAAUCAGCAACCCUUUCCUGCAGGUACAGAUCCUGCGGCUGCUAAGGAUUCUGGGAAAGGACAACGAAGACGCCAGCGACGCCAUGAACGAUUCCUUGGCUCAGGUGGCCACCAACACGGAGACGACGCGGAACGUGGGGAACGCCAUCUUGUACGAGACAGUGCUGACCAUCAUGGGCGUGCGCUCGACCAGCGGCCUGCGGGUUCUCGCUAUAAAUAUCCUCGGACGAUUUCUCCUUAACAAGGAUCGGAAUAUCAGAUACGUGGCUCUAACAUCUUUGCAGAAAUUACUGCAAGAAGAGAACAGUGCCGUUCAGAGGCACCGGUCCACAGUCCUUGAAUGCCUGGCCGACCCGGAUCCCACUGUGAAGAGACGAGCCCUGCAGCUGAGCCUCGCCCUGGUGAGCGGCAGCAACGUGAGAACGACCACAAAAGAGCUGCUGGUUUUCCUGGACACCUGCGCUCCGGAGCUGAAGUCGGACUGCGCUUCCGGAAUAUUCCUGGCCGCUGAGAAGUUUGCACCCAGCAAGCGUUGGCACAUUGACACCAUCCUCCAGGUUCUGACCAUGGCUGGCUCCUAUGUACGUGACGACGCGGUCCCCAACCUCAUCCACCUCAUUGGAGGGGCAAAGGAGCUUCACGGCUAUGCGGUUCAACAGCUAUACAAGGCCCUGACCCAAGAUAUCUCUCAGCAACCCUUGGUCCAAGUGGCUACCUGGUGCAUUGGUGAAUACGGCAACCUCUUAUUGGACGGCAGCUGCGAAGAGGUGGAGCCCACUCAGGUGGACCCAGAGGAAAUGGUCUCCAUUUUGGAGCGAGUGCUGCAGUCUCACAUCUCGCUGCCAGGCACCAGGGCCUACGCUCUCACUGCCCUCAUGAAGCUCGGGACCCGUCUCCAGGGCAGCGACAUCAAAAGUCGGAUCCGGAGCCUGGUUUCCAUUUACUGCAGCUGCCACGAUGUGGAGCUCCAGCAACGGGCAGUCGAGUACAACGCCCUCUUCCGGAAGUACGACCACCUCAGAGCAUCUGUCCUGGAGAAGAUGCCCUUAGUCGACAAAACUGGUUACACAGAGGAAGGAAGUGAAAAAGAUCAGAAUGGAAGAGAGGGCGCUGCUGCCCCUCGAAUCCUGGAGGUGGCGCCAGCGCCCAGCAACGUCCAGCAACAGGACUCUGGCCAGGUCUCUGAUCUUUUGGAUCUCCUUGGAGGCCCCGCAGAUCCCCCUCCAGCCCAGCCCAGCCCCGUCGCCCCGGCAGUGGAAUCCUUCCUCGAUUUCCUUGGCGACCUGAAAGCCCCAGCCUCUGCCAUCGCCCGCAUGGUUGCGUACGAACAAGAUGGCCUGCUGGUCGAAUUUUCCAUGGACCGGCCGGCGCUGGAGCCCACGUUGCUCCUCAUCACGGCCACCGUCUCCAACAGGACACCCGACGACGUGGCCGGGUUUUGUCUUCAAGUGGCUGUCCCCAAGUCCUUCCAAGUGGAGCUGCUGGCCCCGAGUGGUUCUACAGUCCCAGGCCAGGGUAGCACCCCCAUCACCCAGCUCAUCCGAGUGCUGAACCCCAAAAAGCUCCCGCUCCGCAUGAGGUUACGACUUGCCUACACUCUGCCCUCUGGAGCGCUGGUGCAACAGAUCAAGGAAAUCAACUCCUUCCCCGAGGCUGCCUGGAAAUGAAGAGCGAGCGGCCCACUGUACCCCUCCC